AUCUCUAUCGGGAGAGGUACAUUUAGUAUCGAACAGUAUCUUGAAUAGGAUUGUCUACGCUUGUUUUAGUUAAAAAAAAAAAAUUACGAUGAAGCAACCUUUCAAAGCGCAAAACUUUCAGUUCCAAAUCUAAUAAUCUGUAUCCAGGGGCUGCUUCAGCGUCUUCCGACACCAAAUCCUGAAUACUUCGCCGGAGAAAGCCAUGUCAACAAUUGAAACCCAAGAACAGAGCGCAAACCCUAGUCUGUUGGAAGCCACGGACAUGAGCACAAUUCCCGAUCUGAACCCUUCCGAUCUGCAUAUCUUCAUACUCUCCGGCCAAAGCAACAUGGCCGGCCGAGGAGGCGUCAUCAGGCAUCCUCACAACCACAAGCAAUGGGACGGCAUCGUGCCCCCAGAGUGCCGCUCGGAUCCCUCCAUCCUACGCCUCAGCGCUCACCUCCGGUGGGAACCGGCCGCUGAGCCGCUACACGCCGACAUCGAUACUGGCAAGGUAUGCGGCGUUGGUCCUGGCAUGUCGUUCGCCAACGCUGUGAGGCAGCACGCGGGAGGAGGAAUGAUGGGAUUGGUGCCAUGCGCGGUGGGCGGCACUGCCAUAAAGGAGUGGGCGCGCGGCGAGAAGCUGUACGAAGAAAUGGUGGAGAGAGCGAGAGAGAGUGCGAAGACGAAGGGAAGCGAGAUCAAAGCGUUGCUAUGGUACCAAGGAGAGAGUGAUGCAUUGACAGAGCAUGACGCCGAGUCUUACAGAGUCAACAUGGAGAAGCUCAUCCAUAAUGUUCGCGAGGACCUUCAUUUGCCUUCGCUUCCAAUUAUCCAGGUAGCCAUAGCGUCAGGCGAUGAGAGAUACAUAGAGAAAGUGAGAGAAGCACAGAAGAGUAUUGAUCUUCCAAAAGUGGUUUGUGUGGAUGCAAAGGGAUUGCAAUUGAAGGAAGAUAACCUUCAUCUCACUACAGAGGCUCAAGUUCAACUGGGUCGCAUGCUUGCUGAUGCUUAUCUUUCCCAUUAUGUUGCGGCACCAUGACUGAAACCAUUUCAUCCCGCUUUUCUCAGAUAUCUAAUUCACUCUGUAUAUCUGGCUUCUGCCAAUCUGUUGGGGGAAUUUGGUGUGGAUAGUUCAAGCAAAAAAAUAAAGGAAUUUUGCAUUUGGCUUGUGUUUAAUUCGAUGUUAAUUUCAUUCAAAAUGUGUGUUCUUUUCAAAUAGAACCGAUAUUUAAAUUAGAAGAUCCAGUGUUUGAACUUACAAGUAGAAAUAUCGGUCCAGUUUCUUCCCAGUUUCUGUUUUCAAUCUCCGCUGUAAAGCUGUUUGGGCUAAUCGAUCAGGAAAACGAAGUCCAAUUCUGUAA